CUCCACCGCAACUUCUCCUCAAUUCUCAAUUGCACGCUCGAAAAUGUCAGACGACAAGGUUGUUUUCACCUUCAAAGGUGCGCUCGCGCUCGCUUCGAUGAUGCCGUCGAAGGACUUCAUCUCCGAGGUUAACUACAACCCGAAGAUGGCCGAGCUGAAGAAGUGCUUCACCGGCGACGACAAGAUCAUCAAGGACCUCUACACUCCUCAUAUCCGCAUUGUGUUGAUGGGUCCUCCUGGCGCUGGCAAGGGAACCCAGGCUCCCGUCCUGAGCAAAUACUUCCAGGCCUGCCAUUUGUCCACCGGCGACAUCCUCCGCUCGCACGUCUCCAAGGGCACCGAGCUCGGAAAGCAGGCCAAGGAGAUCAUGGACAAGGGCGGCCUUGUCUCGGACGACAUCAUGGUCAACAUCAUCAAGGACGAGCUCGAGAACAACGCCACCUGCAAGAACGGCUUCAUCCUCGACGGUUUCCCCCGCACCGUCCCCCAGGCCGAGAAGCUCGGCUCGAUGCUGGUCUCCCGCAACGAGCCCCUCGAGAAAGCCGUCGAGCUCGUGAUCGACGACUCGCUCCUCGUCUCCCGCAUCACCGGCCGCCUCGUGCACCCCGCCUCCGGCCGCUCCUACCACACCGAGUUCAACCCGCCCAAGGUCGCCAUGACCGACGACGUCACGGGCGAGCCCCUCAUCCAGCGCUCGGACGACAACGUCGAGGCGCUCAAGAAGCGCUUGGUCACUUACCACGCCCAGACCGAGCCCAUCGCGAGCUUCUACAAGGACCAGGGCAUCUGGACCGGUAUCGACGCCGCCCAGUCGCCCGAGAAGGUCAGCUCGGCUGUCAAGAACUCGCUCGGAUGGGAGAAGUACGUCAACGCGCUUACUUUCCACAAGUACAACGAGCUCAAGGCUACUUAUACCGAUGCUACCAAGUGAGCUGUUGAGUCUAGUAGAUUCUUCAGUGUGAAUUAAAAAGAGAUUUGUUUUGGUUGUUGUAUUAUUAAGAGCGAUUCAUCUUUAGAAAAUGUAAUUUGUAUCACUAAAUAAAAGAUCUGCAUCUUGAU